GUCAGUGUUCAAUAAACUGAUGGUAUGUGAAGCCUAUUAAUUACGUGAUCAUAUAGUUGCUUUUCUAAUUAUGAAAUUCAUUAAGAAAGCAGUUAGUUACACAGGCUUCAUUGUUGUGGACGGGCAGCAGGUGGUUCAUCUCUAUUAUUUUUUUCUCUCAUGAAGGAUCCUUAACCUCUCCUCCUCCCACGCAGAAUUGCAAGGCGCUCCUCUCCGCCGGAGGCUCCAUGGACGCGCACAUGCCGCUUGAUAGUAAAACGGGAGAUACAGUGAAAUUGAUGAGAUGAGAUACAGUGUGUGGGCACCACUAGUUCAUUAUCGGCUGCGUGGUGGAGAUACAGAAAGAGAGAGAGGCACCCACAUGAGUGUGUGAGGAGCGUCUUGGACAGCCAGAGCUUCUUAAGGGAGGACAACCAGGUGAAGACGGAAGGAUCUGAUGACGGCUUGACACAACUGAAGGCAGAAAACAGGUUUCCCACGAGACCUGCCUCCUGGACCAGGUGCUGGAGUUGAUUAUGAAUGAGAAGCCCCCCAACAGUGCUAGUCUUUUCCUAAACGAGGACCUGGACAAAACCCCCCUUCCAGAGAGAGGAGACUUGAGGAGACGCCUACGCAGGGCCAUGGAGAGGAGAGCCAGCAGCAUGAAGGAGAAGAUGAGCUCCAUCAGUCGGGACAGCAUCAGAGGCUUCCUCAAGAGGAACUUGUUUGUUCUGUUCACUGUCGCCGCUGUGGCUCUGGGUGUAAUCCUGGGCUUUGCUCUGCGCCCCCACAACCUGUCCCUGAGGGAGAUCAAGUACUUUGCCUUUCCAGGAGAGCUACUAAUGAGAAUGCUACAGAUGCUGGUGCUGCCUCUCAUCGUCUCCAGUCUGGUCACAGGUAUUUCCUCCUUGGACAGCAAAGCGUCAGGUAAGAUGGGCAUGCGUGCAGUUGUCUACUACAUGGUGACCACCCUGAUUGCCGUGUUCAUUGGUAUUGUCAUCGUGAUGAUCAUCCGGCCGGGGAAAGGCAGCAGGGACAGUCCUGUGGCCAACAGUGGAAACAUAGAGCCGGUUCAGGCUGCUGAUGCUUUCUUGGAUCUCAUCAGGAACAUGUUUCCCCCCAAUCUGGUAGAGGCUUGUUUCAAGCAGUAUAAAACUGUGUACAAGAAGACUGUGCACACAAGGAACGUCACAGUGGCCGUGAACCUCACUGACUCUCUAAACGUGACAGAGUCUAACCUGAACGUAAACCUCAGCAGGGUGCUGCACACCAUACAGGAGACGGUGGAGGAGACUGUCCCUGUGUCCGGGUCCUCCAGUGGAGUGAACGCUCUGGGUUUAGUGGUUUUCUCCAUGUGCUUCGGUCUGGUCAUUGGCAACAUGAAGCAGCAGGGCCAGGCCCUCAGGGACUUCUUUGACUGCCUGAAUGAAGCCAUCAUGAGGCUGGUGUCCAUCAUCAUCUGGUAUGCUCCUGUUGGAAUACUGUUCCUGAUUGCGGGAAAGAUCGUGGAGAUGAAGAAUCUGGCAGAGGUGGGCGGCCAGCUGGGGAUGUACACCGUGUCGGUCAUUGUGGGUCUCCUCAUCCAUGGCCUCGUUGUCCUGCCACUGCUCUACUUCCUAGUGACCAGGAGGAAUCCCUACAGCUUCAUUGGUGGCCUGCUGCAGGCGCUCAUCACUGCUCUGGGAACUUCAUCUAGCUCUGCCACCCUGCCCAUCACUUUCCGCUGUCUGGAGGAGAACAACCGUGUGGAUAAACGAGUGACACGUUUUAUCCUCCCUGUGGGUGCCACCAUUAACAUGGAUGGCACUGCCCUCUACGAGGCUGUGGCAGCCAUCUUUAUUGCCCAAGUCAAUGACAUGGACCUAAACUUUGGGCAGAUUCUUACCAUCAGUAUCACAGCAACGGCUGCCAGCAUAGGAGCAGCAGGCAUCCCUCAGGCUGGCCUGGUUACCAUGGUGAUCGUAUUGACAUCGGUGGGACUGCCCACAGAGGACAUAACACUGAUCAUUGCUGUGGAUUGGUUCUUGGACCGCUUGCGGACCACCACCAACGUGCUGGGUGACUCGCUCGGGGCUGGCAUCGUGGAGCACCUUUCCCGUGGAGAGCUGCAGAGUCAAGAUGCUGAGGUGCGCAACUCGGUUAUCGAGGAGAAUGAGAAGCCCUACCAGCUUAUCUGUCAGGAAAACGAUACACUCAACCACCACAACAAUGAGACCACAAUGUGAAGACAAGAGCUACACCCUUAAGGGCUUCAUGUACCAGAAGCAUUCUAGCUAGAGGGUUGGCUUGCAAUGGUGCAGGGACAGUUUUGGUUCAUAGUUCAUUGUCAACUCAGCCAGUUCUUGGAAUCAUUUUUGCAGUUGCAGAUGACAAUUCACAUCUUUCUCUGGGAAACAAGGAAAUAUAAAAACAAUACAGCCAUUACACAUCUAAUACCCACAAUCUGUUUUUUGGCUGGAAUACCAAUUAUUUGGGGUAAUAUUUCUGUUUGAUAACUGUUUUAAUAUAAUGUCAGGCACGUUCAAUGUCAAAGAUAGUUGAAAGUAAUUUUUAAAUGCUUCUUCAUGUUUUUAGGAUUUGUAUAAUUAAUGAUCCAUAAAGUCAAAGCAGCAUAAACUCCUUACCAGCAUCAGUGUUCGAAUACACAGUGAGGGAACUUCACUGUGUAUUCGAAACACCACAUUCAUGAAUAAAAAGUAAAGCGACUGAUUUUAAACUCUUAACAAGUAAAUCUGGCAUUUUUCUGUUGCAUGACUUAACACUUAAUACAUAUUAUUUAUUUUUCUUUUCAUUACAACUACCUCUAAGAUAUGGAGGACCACACACAGAAAUACUCAAUGGAGUACAUCAGCAGGAUGUAAAUACAUAAUUCUUUAGAAUAUUUGUAUGUUAUUUGAGUUUGCUUGCACAAUUUAUUUGUGCAACUUUGAAUGUACUUGACUGUUACUUGUACUAACACUGGAGGGUGGUGUGAAGAAGAAUAUGUGCUACUUAUUAUUUUGAAGUUGCUAUAUUUCAAGUGACUUGGUAGAAUGUUUUUCACUCUGUGAUUUCUUAUGAAUAUUAUAUUGGUGUGUAUUUCCUCUAUUUCUUUUGUUUUAUUGUUUUUGCAUUAUAGGUAAAAGACUUUACCGGAAUAUCUGCAGUUAUACUCUCUUCUUAGUUAUCUUAGUAGAAAGAAAUAUCAAACAAGAGAAUGAGAACAAUUUUUGUUUCAUUUUUUCUAAAAUGUUUUUAGAUUACUGGUUUAUGAAGUAUAAACAACCAUUAGAGAACUAUUUGUUGUGAGUUACAACAAUGUGCAUCAGUACACCUGCCUGGCUGCCUUUUCUGCAUUUUAAUGUUGUUAUAUUUUGACUGGGAUACUAUAUUGCAAGCUAACGAUUGAUUUGUUUUGUGAAAAGGUACUGUGAAGAAAGUUUGUGAAUGAUUUGAGUAAUUUAAUGUACAGUUGCUUUAUGCUUUUUGGUGUUGAUUGUUUUAGAGGAAGGUGUAGUGUAUGAGUUAAAUAUGAUAUACCAUUUAAAGCUCUUUAAAUUAUUUUGUGUCACGUUUAUGCCCAUUACGAAGUCUGACUUUAGUUUUAAGGCUUGAUGUUACUUCAGUAUAAAGCUCAACAUUUUUGAUGGACAGCUUAUGAAAAAAUGUGACAAAUAAAUGGCUCAGGAAUUGAA